AUGAAGUAUUUUGCGGUGCUCUUAUUUGCAAUCGUUAUUUCGUGCUUAGCUUUGUCUCAAGAUGCAGUCCAAAAUUUAGAACUACAACUGCCUAAUGGAAAAAUACGGGGCUCGAUCAUGACUUCGCAAUUGGGAAAAGAUAUUUUUUCCUUCAGGGCAUUGCGGUAUGGCGAACCACCGAUUGGGCAAAAACGCUUCAUGUACUCAAUACCGGUGGGACCCUGGGACGGUGUUUUCGACGCUUCUCAAGAAGGCCCAUCAUGCCCGCAGCCAGGCGGUAGAAACCAAUCUGAGGAUUGUCUACGUCUCAAUGUUUACACCACCAAGUUACCAACAAUGAGUGAAGGGACCGAAAUAAAUCCGCAAAGACCAGUAAUAGUAUACUUCCAUGGAGGUUUUUUGUUUGAAUCAUCUGGGCAAAGUGGACUGUUAGGACCUCAGUAUCUGCUGGAUGAAGAGAUCGUUUUAGUAACCGCGAAUUACCGACUUGGGAUUUUUGGUUUCUUGAGCACCGCUGAUACUAUCGGUCCAGGAAAUGCGGGCUUGAAGGAUCAAGUGCUGGUUCUUCGUUGGGUGAAAAAAAAUAUCGACAAGUUUGGCGGUGACCCCAAUAGCGUUACCAUCGCUGGUUACGGUGAUGGUGCUAUGAGUGUCACCUUGCACCUAUUGUCUCCGAUGAGCAGAGGUCUUUUUCACCGCGCUAUAGGGAUAAGUGGUUCAGCUCUUUAUCAACGUUCUCUUCCAUAUCAUCAAAAAGAUCUUGCUGUCAAACAGGCUCAAGCAUUUGGUUGCCCAUACGAGAGUAGUUACAUACUUGUCGGAUGUCUCAAGUCGAAAAGCGCAAUAGAAAUAGGAGCUACUUGGAAUGAAUUAUUUAAGUCGCAAAGCGAUCCUGUUUUACUUUGGACACCGGUUGUCGAACCGGAAACUCCCGGAGUGGAGAGGUUCUUGCCGGCUCAACCUGCAGAGUUAAUUGCACGUGGAGAAGUUGCACACGUUCCUUUCAUAACUGGAGUUUUCGAGAACGAAUUCGUUAGUCAACCUAUCGCUGCGGAGAAACAAAGUGUUAAAGUUAAUGCGUCCGUCUUUGAAGAGUUCGAUCAGAACUGGAACCAUAUAGCACCAAUAAGCUUCUUCUAUGAACGAGACACUCCACGAUCGAUAAAAAUUAGUUCAGCUCUCAGGGAUUUGUACUUCGAGGAACGAACAAUCAACUAUAACUCUUCUCAAAUUCUCGCAAAGCUUUACUCCGAUGCAAUGGUUAACUAUGCCGUACAUAACUUCCUAAAGAAUUGGUGCCAAAUUUCGACAGCAUCAACUUAUGUCCUCAAUAUUCUGUACCCAGGUAAAUACGGUUACAGAGUUUGGAGCGAUAGACAACUACCAUCCGGUAUAUCUCAUGUCGAUCAUAGUAUCUAUCUCUUCUGGAACAACGCUACACCUCGCUUCACGGUGAACGAUCCGGAAUAUAAGAUGACAACAUUACUGAGCGCGAUAUGGAGCAGUUUCGCUAAGACUGGUGUGCCAAUCCCCCGGGAUAACAAAGGUUUUGCUAAUGUCACAUGGGCUCCGUACACAUGUACAAAUAUGCAAUAUCUCGAGGUCGGUCAAGAGUUAACUAUGCACAAACGUUUUGAGAUGUUGAAUGGAAUGGUAAUGUGGGACAAUCUCUUUGAUUAUCUAGAAUACAAGCCAAAAGAAAGUACUAAAUAUACUAUUUAUAUGAAUUAUUUUGCGGUACUGUUAUUUGUCAUCGUUAUAACGUGCUCGGUUUCGGCACAUCGUGCAGCCAAAAAUCUAGAACUGCAAUUACCCGAUGGCAAAAUACGGGGCUCGAUCAUAACUUCGCGAUUGGGAAAAGACAUUUUUUCCUACAGGGCAUUGCGGUAUGCCGAACCACCAACGGGAGAACGGCGCUUUAAGCAAGCAGUACCGCUGGCACCCUGGGACGGUGUUUUCGACGCUUCUCAAGAAGGCCCAUCAUGCCCGCAGCCAGGCGGUAGAAACCAAUCUGAAGAUUGUCUACGUCUCAAUGUUUAUACCACCAAGUUACCAUCGAGAAAUAAAGGGGCCGAGGUAAAUCCAAAAAGACCAGUAAUAGUAUACUUUCAUCCAGGUGCCUUCUACGUAUUUACUGGGCAAAGUCGAACUGUAGGGCCUCACUAUCUUCUGGAUCAAGAGAUCGUUCUCGUAACCGUGAAUUAUCGACUUGGAUCUCUGGGUUUCUUGAGCACCGGUGAUGCUGUCGCUCCGGGAAAUUUGGGCUUGAAAGAUCAAGUGGAGGCUCUUCGUUGGGUGAAAAAAAAUAUCGGCAAAUUUGGCGGUGACCCGAAUAGCGUUACCAUCACUGGUUACAGCGCAGGUUCUUGGAGCGUCUCUUUGCAUCUAUUGUCUCCAAUGAGCCGGGGUCUUUUUCACCGUGCUAUAGCGAUGAGUGGUUCCGCUAUUUAUCAAACUCCUCUUCAACCUCACCAAAGAAAUCUUGCUGUCAAACAAGCUCAGUUCCUUGGUUGCCCGUAUGACACGAACGCCAAAAUUCUCGAAUGUCUCAAGACGAAAGACGCAAUAGAAAUGGGAGCUACUUUAAGUCAAUUCUUUGAAUGGCACGGCGAUCCUGUUUUAGUUUGGGCUCCGGUUAUCGAACCGGAAGUUCCCGGAGUUGAAAGGUUCUUGACAGGUCAACCUUCAGAUUUGAUUAAACGUGGAGAAUUUUCACACGUUCCUUUGAUCACUGGCAUAUGUAAAGACGAGUUUGGCGGUGUCGUUGUUCCUGCAGUUGAACUAGCUCGUAAAGGUAAUACGUCUGUUUUUGAAGACUUGGAUCAGCACUGGAACCAUAUAGCACCAAUAAGCUUUUUCUAUGAACGAGGCACUCAACGAUCGACAGACAUUAGCACUGCUCUCAGGCAGUUUUACUUCAAGGGACGAGCGGUUAGCCUAGAUACCGUUGAAGAUCUUUCCAAGAUUUAUGCCGAUGCACUGGUCAUCUUCAACAUUAAUAAUUUCGUAAAACUUAUGGGCCAAGCAUCGAGAGCACCGGUUUAUUUCUACGAAUUUACGUACCAAGGUCGUUACAGUCACUCUGUUUGGAGCGACACGAAAAAGCCAUUCGGUGUCGUUCAUCACGAUGAUCUUUUGUAUCUCUUCUGGGACGAUUAUUUCCCUUACUUCGCGGUGACCGAUCCGGAAUAUGAAACAGUAAAAACACUGACCGGAAUAUGGGCCAAUUUCGCUAAGACUGGCGAGCCAAUCCCCCGGAACAAUGAGAAAUUUAGAAAUGUUGUGUGGACUCCGUUUACAUGUGAAAAUAAUAAAUAUCUGGAGAUCGGUAACGAGUUAGUUAUGAAGACAAAUCUAUACAAAGAUAGAAUGAUGAAGUGGGAACGUCUCUUUCCACUUGGACAAUGCACGUAACCAAGGAGUCUUAAAAAUUUACUAAUUUGAUCAUGAUUGAAUGUAUUAUUCGAUCAACUACCCCCGAUCAUCGAUUACGAAAUAAAAAAUAUUAAGGAAGCACGAUACGUAUCUGUGUUUCGUAAGAAAUUGUAUCCCCGAUCAACAAAUUUAUAUCAACAAAAGUUUAAAAAAUAAAAAUAAAAGUGACAGCUA